AUGAAACGCCGGCGACGAAUCACACGUCGUUUGGUGCGAAUCCUCUGUGGUCGGCGACUACCACAAACAUGGAACACAGUUCUCGUGUUGCUCUCCAUUCAUAUGUACCUCACGGUACCUGUCAUGCUUGCCGCUGGUAUUACGGAACAUAUGACAGGUAGAACUAGUUUGUGCCAUUUUGGCAUUCUUCUUUUUAAGCAGGCAUUUUUCGUUGAGAAUUCUGCCCAAAAAAUUUCUUUAUCUAACCACUGA